CAUUCCAACGGGCGCGGCGGCCUUCAGCGGCUUCCCCGGGCUGCACAGCAUGAGCAGCCUGAUGGUGCCCUCGUCGGCGGCGGUGGCAGCGGCUGCCGCUGCGCCCUUCCUGCCCUGGUCGCCUAUUCUCCUGCCGCCCUGGAGCCACGCCCUGCUGCCCGCUGCCUUCUAUCCGGCGGCGCUGCGCAACGCUUUGCCUGGCCUCUUCGAUGCCAAGGUGCCGUCGUCGCAGCGCUCCGGCUUUCAUAUAUCCGACAUACUCAAUCUGGAUGGCUCUGAGCUGAAGAGUGCCGCAGCAGCGGCGGCAGCGGCCGCGCACCACAGCACCCACAGCCACAGUCACAGUCAUAGCACCCACAGCGGCGAACUGGGCGCUGAGCCGAGCAAUGGGCAUGGCCAUCCGACGCCCACGGCUCUGUCGCCCACGCCCAACUCAGCGCUGCCACCGGCGCCGCCCAGCAACCCGGAUGAGCAUGUGACGCCCGCAGCGCACGGCGAUCACCAGACCACGGAUCACUCGGCCCAGCACCACCUCCAACAGCAACAGCAGCAGCAGCAGCACCAGCACCUCCAGCACCACCAACAGCAGCAGCAGCUCCACCAUCCGCAUCUGCACCAUCAGCCGCAUCAUCCAGUCGCCCCGCUGCCCUUGUCGCACCACCAGAGCGCGGGCGGCGCCCAGCCGCCCAUGCCCCACAUGGGCGCCCACGCCAACGCCGCCUCCGCCCAGGCCGCUGCCCAUCUGCUGGCCGCCGGCCAGUAUCUGCCAAAGAACUUCGCCAGCAGCUUCGACGAGAUGUCCUCGUACCACCACAUGGCCCAGACAAUGCUCACCCACUCGGGCCGCAGUGCGUGGAUCAAGGAGAACGAACUAUAUGGUACUCAACAGCCAGCCAGUCCGGAUAGCACCUCACCAGUGACCUCCGAGGUCUCCUACACAUACAUUGGCUCCAAUUGCCAGACCUCGCCCGCCCUCUCUGGCGACUACAAGAGCUACAGUCGCUCGGCGGACAGCGACGCGCUCUCUGUGGGCGAUGCGCUGCAUACGCUGCAUGGCAGCGCUGCAGCCGGUGGCACAUCAGCGGCGCAUGCGUUACACAACAACAACAACAACAAUAACAAUAAUAGUAACAACAACAACAAUGACAAUAGUCUGAAGCACGAUGGAGGCGCCGGCAGCGGCAGCAACCACGACGACAGUCUGAACGAGGACGGCAUCGAGGAGGACAUCGACGAUGUGGACGACGCGGACGGCAGCGGUGGCGGCGGCGUCAAUGCCGACGGCAUGCCGAACAAGAAGCGCAAGCGACGCGUUCUAUUCACAAAGGCGCAGACGUACGAGCUGGAGCGACGAUUCCGGCAGCAGCGCUACCUGAGCGCGCCGGAGCGCGAGCACCUGGCCAGCUUGAUACGGCUGACGCCGACGCAGGUGAAGAUCUGGUUCCAGAACCAUCGCUACAAGACCAAGCGGGCGCAGAACGAGAAGGGCUACGAGCACACGGGCAUGAUACACGGCAACGCCAUCCAUCCGCAUCAUCCGUCGGCGCUGCCCUCGCCCCGGCGCGUCGCUGUGCCCGUGCUGGUGCGCAACGGCAAGCCCUGCCUGGGCGAUGGCUCCAAGCUGGCUCAGGACUGUGUCAGCACGGCGACGGCCAUGCAGAAUGCCGCCGCCCAUCACCUGGUGGCACUGAACGGCGCCGCUGCCUAUCAGCAUGCGGCUGCUGCCGCCGCUGCCGGCCUCCACGCGCACGCCCACGCGCACGCCCAUCCCCACGCGCAGCGAGCCGCCUGGUGGCCCUAAUAUUGCUAGCUGCCUGGGUUCGAGUAGGUGGCCGACCUGGAUGGCAGCGCCCAACUGACUCUGCCGACUCGAAUACUGGACAAUAAGCGCGAGCUGAGCUGCGUCGAUCGGGCAUUCGAACGAACAAAGAGACAAAAAAAAAAAAACAAACAACAACAACAACAAAAACAAACGGAAAUUUGGUGCAAUAAUAAAUAAAGAGCCGCGAGUGGUUGCCGUUGCCCAUCGGCCAUCAGCGAACCCCCCAGACUAGUCUUGGCCAGUGCUCUACGCCAAGCCACGAUUGUUGCUGCAGUGUUGCCAGUGACAACAACAACAACAGCAACAACAACCGCAACAGCAACAACAGAUAUCAUUCGUGUAAUAAACAAGACGAAGAAGAGAUACAUUUUUUUCCCUCAGCUCUAAAGCUGUGGGCCACUUAGUCGUAGUCAUUUUUUUUUUACACCAUUUUUUUUUU